AAACCUAACAAAACCUGACGCAAACCCAAUGGCUCUUCUCUUCACUUUCUUCUUCCUCCUUUGCUUCUCUCUCUCCACCGGAGAGAAAACUCAAAACGCCACUCAUGUUUCUUUUUCAUUUCCACUUUCCUCUCGUCGCCUCUCCCCUCGCCCUACUCCGGCAACUAAUUUAUACCCUUCUUUUGUUUCAAGCCUUAAGCAAAACCCAAGAAUCAGACCGUCGAGUUCUUACAAUUUCAGGUCAACUUUCAAGUAUUCAAUGGCUUUGAUUGUGUCGCUCCCAAUUGGAACCCCACCGCAGACUCAACAGAUGGUUUUGGAUACUGGGAGUCAGCUGUCUUGGAUUCAGUGUCACAAUAAGGUGGCCAAGAAGCUGCGGCCGCCGCCUACUGCGGCUUUCGAUCCUUCGCUUUCCUCUUCUUUCUCCGUUCUUCCGUGUACCCAUCCCGCCUGUAAGCCUCGAAUUCCUGAUUUUACCCUCCCAACAUCAUGCGACCAAAACCGUCUGUGUCACUACUCCUACUUCUACGCGGACGGUACGUUGGCGGAGGGCAAUCUCGUCAGAGAAAAAUUCACAUUUUCAAAUUCUCAGAGUACCCCUCCCCUGAUUCUCGGUUGCGCGGAGGACUCCGCCGACGGCAGGGGCAUUUUGGGAAUGAACCUCGGACGGUUGUCCUUCGCCUCACAAGCCAAAAUUUCCAAGUUCUCAUAUUGCGUACCUACCCGGAGCAUCCGACCCGGGUAUACACCGUCCGGAUCAUUCUAUCUCGGGGAAAACCCGAAUUCAUCCGGGUUCCGGUACGUUAACCUUUUGACUUUCCCUCAAAGUCAAAGAAUGCCGAACAUGGAUCCUCUAGCUUACACUCUUCCGAUGCAAGGAAUCAGAAUUGGCGGUAAAAGGCUGAACAUCUCCGCCGCAGUUUUCAGACCCGACGCAGGCGGGUCAGGUCAAACCCUGAUUGACUCCGGAUCCGAGUUCACGUACCUAGUGGACGAGGCGUAUGAUAAAGUGAGGGCGGAAGUAGUUAGAUUGGUGGGACCGAAGUUAAAGAAGGGUUACGUGUACAGCGGGGUAGCCGACAUGUGUUUUGAUGGGGACGCGAUGGAGAUCGGACGGUUGAUAGGAGAUAUGGUGAUGGAAUUUGAGAAAGGGACGGAGAUUGUGAUUGCAAAGGAAAACGUUUUGGCUGACGUGGGAGAUGGGGUCCAUUGUGUGGGGAUCGGACGGUCAGGAAUGCUCGGGAUUGCCAGCAAUAUAAUAGGUAAUGUUCAUCAGCAAAAUCUCUGGGUGGAGUAUGAUCUAGCGAAUAGGAGAGUUGGAUUUGGUAAGGCCGAUUGUAGCAAAGCAGUGUGAGACUGUGAUGUCAUCGGACGGUAGACGUUAAAAUCAAAUGCCACGUGGCGGCAGACGAAAUGAUGUUGUAAAUUAUGUUAUUAUGGUUCAAGGGAAGUUUGAACCUUAAUAUCAAGUGAGUAGUGUGUAUAUAAGAGGAUUAAAGUACUAAUAAUAUAUUUUUGUUCACUUUUCCUGUGAUAUUUGGAAGAAAAAUAUUGAGUUGAG